GAGCUUAGCCGAAAAAAUACGGAAAAUCGCCAGAAGCAAAAGGCGAGGCAUAUAGCUGGUUCAAAAUCGUACUCGCAGAUUAGCUAUGAGAAGGAGACUGGGAAGGAACCAACUAUUCUACAACUUUGGCAGAUCACUCAUACACGAAAUGGAUCGUGGUCUAAUGAAGAAUCACAGACUGUUUAUGACAAUGCACGCAUCCAGAUUAGGGAGAAAGAAGGAGAGAUUGGUGGUCCAAUUUCAAGUGAAGAGCAAAACAAUAUUUUCCAGAAUAGCUACAGAUCUACUAUGGAAAGUACAUCAUUGAAGCCUCGUGGCCGAGGAUACAUGGCUAAGCCGCCUAGCGGUUCUGAAAGACUACAUUCUGAAAUCCAGAGGCAAAAUGCUGAGCUAACCCUCGAAGUUCAUGACUUAAGGAGGCAAAUUGUUGAACAACAGGUAGAGAGGCAAAGAGAACGAGAAGAAGAGCGAGUUGCCAGGGAAAAACAGCUUGAGGAGGAACGUGUAGCAAGGCAGAGAGAACUUGAGGAGGCUAAGCAAGCAAUGAUGCAUGAUAUUAUGAAUGAGGUUAGGCAAUCAAUGAGGUCGGAUGUUGAGCAGAUAUUGGGAACUCGACAGGAAGACGCACAUCAGUUUUCCCAAGCAAGGGACGCUCCAAGAAACGGAACUGGAAAUCGGUCAAGUUCUCUGUUUAAAAAUUCGACCAUGAUUACUCAACACCAGCUUAUGCAAGCAGCUAAACACCAUCGUCGUCCUCCAAGUGAAAAGGUAUUUGACAAAAUUAUGAGAUCUAGUUUCCAUUGA